CAGAAUGGAAACUUUCUCUCUAGUGCAUAUGCAAUAAUAGCUUUUUAAAAAAUCAGUAUAGAUCUCUACAACUCGACUCAUUUCUUUAAAAACGUUUUUUUUUUUUCGAAGAAGCAACCUGCUGUUCAAGAUGCUUCAGAAGUGUAUCGGGUUUCUGUGUAUCUCUUUAGUCCUCUGUUCUACCCUUUCUGAGACUUUCGGACUGGUUCUUUCGGCAAGAGAAAAGAGGGGCUGGACACUUAAUAGUGCGGGCUAUCUACUGGGGCCUCAUGCUGUUGACAAUCACAGAUCUUUAAGUGAUAAGCAUGGUCUGCCAGGCAAACGUGAGCUUCAGAUUGACAAUGACAUUAAAUCAGAUACUCUAAGAAUAGCAGAUGAAAAUAUAAUACGGACCGUGAUGGACUUUUUGUCCUACUUGCGGCUGAAAGAAAUUGGAGCACUAGAUGAUCUACCCUCGUCAGAAGAAGGGACUCAACCAUAACUAAAGUGUGCUUGUGAUUCAAUAGCCGUGAUUCUGGGAUUCAGGAACUUGAAAAUGCUUUAGAGGGAUCUGAGAUAUUGUCAGCAGCAAAGCCGAUCUAGCCGACUCCUGUUGAUACUUUUCCUAAUAUGCCAUGUGUUAGUGAAUAUUCUGUUUACUUCUUUCUGUACUACUGUUGAAUAUCAAUGAGUUUUUUUUUUGUUUGAAAAACACCUUAAUAAAACUAGAUAACUGC